GUUACACUCACUUUACCUUGGAAUUUAGGUUGGGAAAAUAACGUUUUUCAAGACCCUUUCCACUAGCUUAGAACUCAAACUGGAACCCCCUCGGGUUAUGCAGGAUCCGUCUAUCAACGCCUUAGUGAAAACAUUGCGUAAGAGGAUGGGCCAUGGAAUUCCUAGGCGGCGAAUGCAAGGAGUACAGAACGAGGUUACCGCCAUAUCAAACACUCUCGGCAUUAAGCUGCUAGAAGAAAUGGCCACUAUCUACACUCGAUUCUACGAUAUACUUUGUCCAUUAAAGGUGAAAUUGGACAGAAGCUGCAUGGAAUAUGAUAUGUCCAAACCGAUUGCCGAGUUUAUUAGUAGCUUUCCCCCACAGACUACGACAUCAAGAGACGACAGUAUUCAUGACAUGGUGCAAGAGAUAAAGAGGCUUCAGACAACACUCGAUACUACGGAGAAUAUCGAUGAACAGUAUGCCCUUGAAGAAGAUAUCACCGGACGGAUCUUGUGGACGUGUCAUUCUGGAUUCCGCUCUGCGGUAGGACAUAUACCUGCCAAGGUGCUGCACAAUAUUCUAGAAAACGACAAGAUGUGCAACCUAGUGGAUCGAGUCAAGUUCUUGGAGGAAAUCUCCCGAGUCUUCAAUGGCGCACUAGAUAAAUUGGCGACUGAUAAUCAGGCUCACUUACGACGAAUUAUGGCCGAUGCAGAGGCAGGUACCUCAAAAUAUCAGCUACUCCUAGAUGAGCGGGCACGUGAACAGAGAGUACCAGGCGCUAUGCGCGAAGAACAAACCAGAACUUAACGCGUGCUGUUCCGCGGAGUGGUAUUGGAGCAUUCGAUUCUGUAUAUUAGCGAGACUUGUAUCCACACGGCUCGAGCAAACUCCAUUUUGCUAAUUCACUGGAUGAACAACCAAG